CAAUUUGUGUUUUGCUCGGGUCUCUUUUAACUAGCGAGAGCUUAGCGGCUAAAUCUCAAUACAAGGCACGCUCACGCCUCAUUUAUCCGACAUUUGAAUCUCCCACACUCCGCGGACUCCCCCCACGAAAAUGAAAGAAGGAAAAAUCCUCUGCUAGGGUUUCGUCUCCGAUCACCCACAGAACCUUUUUCUGACGCCUUCGCCGGACCUAGGGUUUCGGAAUUCCCCUUCCGGCAGAUAUGGAGGACGACCACGAAUAUGAUCAGCAGUACAAUGACGACGACGACGACGACGAGGAAAUCACUCAGGAAGACGCCUGGGCCGUCAUCUCCGCCUACUUCGAAGAGAAGGGCCUGGUCCGCCAACAGCUUGACUCCUUCGACGAGUUCAUUCAGAACACUAUGCAGGAGAUCGUCGACGAGUCCGCCGACAUCGAGAUUCGCCCUGAGUCCCAGCACAACCCCGGCCACCAGUCGGAUUUCGUCGAGACAAUCUAUAAAAUUAGCUUUGGUCAGAUUUACCUGAGUAAGCCGAUGAUGACGGAGUCCGACGGAGAAACGGCGACACUGUUCCCCAAGGCUGCGCGGUUGAGGAACCUUACGUACUCGGCCCCUUUGUACGUUGAUGUCACGAAGAGAGUCAUAAAGAAAGGGCAUGACGGUGAGGAAGUGACCGAGACUCAGGACUUCACCAAAGUUUUCAUUGGAAAGGUUCCUAUAAUGCUUCGGUCGAGUUACUGCACGCUGUACCAGAAUUCGGAGAAGGAUUUGACGGAGCUUGGGGAGUGUCCGUACGAUCAAGGUGGAUAUUUCAUUAUCAAUGGAAGUGAAAAGGUUCUAAUCGCUCAAGAGAAGAUGAGUACCAAUCACGUGUAUGUGUUCAAGAAGAGGCAGCCUAACAAGUACGCCUAUGUGGCGGAAGUUCGGUCCAUGGCCGAGUCCCAAAACAGGCCGCCGAGCACCAUGUUUGUGCGGAUGUUAUCAAGGACUAGUUCCAAAGGGGGUUCUUCUGGGCAGUAUAUCCGUGCCACUCUUCCAUAUAUUCGGGCUGAAAUACCUAUUAUUAUUGUCUUCCGUGCAUUGGGUUUUGUUGCUGAUAAAGAUAUAUUAGAGCACAUAUGUUAUGACUUCUCUGAUACUCAAAUGAUGGAGUUGCUACGACCUUCACUUGAAGAAGCAUUUGUGAUUCAAAAUCAGCAGGUUGCGCUGGAUUACAUUGGGAAAAGAGGAGCUACUGUUGGUGUAACUAAGGAAAAGAGGAUUAAGUAUGCCAAAGAAAUACUUCAAAAGGAAAUGCUUCCUCACGUUGGUACGGGAGAAUUUUGUGAGACAAAAAAGGCUUACUAUUUUGGAUAUAUCAUUCAUCGGCUUUUACUAUGUGCACUUGGUCGGAGAGCCGAAGAUGAUAGAGAUCAUUACGGCAACAAGAGGCUGGACCUUGCUGGUCCUUUACUUGGGGGCUUGUUUAGAAUGCUUUUCAGGAAGUUAACAAGGGAUGUCAGAGGUUAUGUGCAGAAGUGCGUGGAUAACGGGAAGGAUGUUAAUCUUCAAUUUGCCAUUAAAGCAAAAACCAUUACCAGUGGUCUCAAGUAUUCACUUGCUACUGGAAAUUGGGGGCAAGCAAAUGCAGCUGGUACAAGAGCUGGAGUGUCACAGGUGUUAAAUCGCUUAACAUAUGCCUCUACCUUGUCACAUUUGCGGAGGCUAAAUUCUCCCAUUGGCCGUGAAGGAAAAUUGGCCAAACCACGACAAUUACACAAUUCCCAAUGGGGAAUGAUGUGUCCAGCUGAAACACCUGAAGGACAAGCAUGUGGACUGGUGAAGAAUCUUGCAUUAAUGGUAUACAUAACAGUUGGAUCCGCCGCGUAUCCUAUUCUGGAAUUUUUGGAAGAAUGGGGAACAGAAAAUUUUGAGGAAAUUUCCCCUGCCGUUAUUCCCCAAGCCACAAAAAUUUUUGUUAAUGGUUGUUGGGUUGGUAUACAUCGUGAUCCUGAUAUGUUGGUGAAAACAUUACGGCGGCUGAGACGACGGGUUGAUGUUAAUACUGAGGUUGGGGUGGUUAGAGAUAUCCGUUUGAAAGAACUACGGAUAUAUACUGAUUAUGGCAGAUGUAGUCGUCCAUUGUUCAUUGUGGAGAAACAAAGGCUUCUCAUAAAGAAAAGAGAUAUUCGUGCACUACAACAGAGGGAGACUCCGGAAGAGGCUGGUUGGCAUGAUCUUGUAUCCAACGGGUUCAUAGAAUAUAUUGACACGGAAGAAGAGGAGACCACUAUGAUUUCUAUGACUAUUAAUGAUCUUGUACAAGCAAGGCUCAACCCAGAGGAAGCAUAUUCUGAAACGUACACUCACUGUGAAAUUCAUCCAUCAUUAAUUCUGGGUGUCUGUGCUUCUAUUAUACCAUUUCCGGAUCAUAAUCAAUCUCCAAGAAAUACAUAUCAAUCUGCUAUGGGUAAGCAAGCCAUGGGAAUUUAUGUUACCAACUACCAGUUUAGAAUGGAUACAUUGGCCUAUGUUCUCUACUACCCUCAAAAGCCUCUUGUUACUACACGUGCCAUGGAACAUCUCCACUUCAGACAGCUUCCUGCAGGCAUUAAUGCCAUUGUUGCAAUUGCCUGCUAUUCUGGGUAUAAUCAGGAAGAUUCUGUCAUUAUGAAUCAGUCUGCUAUAGACCGUGGAUUUUUCCGAUCACUUUUCUUCCGCUCCUAUAGAGAUGAGGAGAAAAAGAUGGGGACACUUGUCAAAGAGGACUUUGGUCGUCCAGAUAGAUCAAACACUAUGGGUAUGCGGCAUGGUUCUUAUGAUAAAUUGGACGACGAUGGUCUUGCACCUCCUGGAACUAGGGUUUCAGGGGAGGAUGUUAUCAUUGGAAAGACUACUCCCAUUGCUCAGGACGAAGCUCAAGGGCAAGCUGCUUCACGUUACACCCGACGUGAUCAUAGCAUAAGCUUACGCCACAGUGAAAAUGGGAUUGUGGAUCAAGUUCUGCUGACAACAAAUGCUGAUGGGUUGAGGUUUGUAAAAGUGCGAGUGAGAUCCAUUAGAAUACCUCAAAUUGGGGAUAAGUUCAGUAGUCGACAUGGUCAGAAGGGAACAGUUGGGAUGACUUACACUCAAGAAGACAUGCCAUGGACUGUAGAAGGAAUUACUCCUGAUAUUAUCGUCAACCCACAUGCUAUUCCUUCUCGAAUGACAAUCGGUCAGCUUAUUGAGUGUAUCAUGGGCAAAGUUGCUGCUCAUAUGGGAAAGGAAGGAGAUGCAACUCCUUUCACGGAUGUUACUGUGGAUAAUAUUAGCAAAGCACUUCAUAAAUGUGGCUAUCAAAUGCGUGGAUUUGAGACCAUGUACAAUGGCCAUACUGGCCGGCGGCUUACUGCUAUGAUAUUCCUUGGACCAACUUAUUACCAAAGAUUGAAGCACAUGGUGGACGACAAGAUCCAUUCACGUGGGAGAGGUCCUGUGCAGAUCCUGACAAGGCAGCCAGCCGAGGGACGGUCUCGUGAUGGAGGUCUUCGCUUUGGAGAAAUGGAACGCGAUUGUAUGAUUGCUCACGGUGCUGCUCACUUUCUGAAAGAGAGAUUGUUUGAUCAGAGUGAUGCGUAUAGAGUUCACGUCUGUGAGCGUUGUGGACUGAUAGCGAUUGCAAAUCUUAAGAAGAAUUCUUUCGAGUGCCGAGGUUGCAAGAACAAAACCGACAUUGUACAGGUUCACAUACCAUAUGCCUGUAAGCUGCUCUUCCAGGAGCUUAUGGCCAUGGCUAUAGCACCAAGAAUGCUGACCAAGGAUGUCAAACCAUUGAAUGACCAAAAGAAGAAAGGAGCCUAAGAAUAACCGGCUUGACUCAGCUUUAUUUUCCUUUCAUCGUUGUGAAAAGCUGCAGCUAAUUCGGGAACAAUACCUCGUUUAUCAGAUAACGGAAAUUAGGGAUGUAAAGUGGACCGGGGAGGGCAGGAAUUCCCCCAUGGAGCGGAGCAUUGGCAAAAACUGCCGCGACCCACUUCCCUAUUCCGCUCUUUUAAAAAAAAAAAAAAAAA